AUGGCUGACGACCUCGAUGCCGAGCUCCUCGCUCUUGCGGGAGACUCCUCCGAUGAGGAAGCAUCCCCCCCUGCCAAGGAGAGAGUCCAAUCUCGCAGUCGAUCAUCAUCCCCUCAGUCUCCCGACGCAUCGGCUAUGGGUCGUAAAGGCACUGCUAGGACCGUGAAACGGGGCCGGAAGUCGAGAAGAAACGAGGAUGAAGAGGAUGGCGAACUGUCCGCUGCUGAAUCGCUCGACUCUGCUAGCAUGUCCGAAUCGGAUUCAGGAUCAGAUUCCGAAGGCUCAGCCCCUGAGGCUGAAGAUGAAGGCCCUAUCUUCCCUUACGAGAAAUUAUACUACUCUGCCAAGGACAAGGAGGAAAUCAUGGCGAUGCCCGAGAUUCAACGAGAGCAGCUCCUCUCCGAGCGUGCGCAGGAGGUUGAUCGUCAUAAUCAAGAUCUUGCUCUUCGUCGUCUUCUGGCUUCCCGUGAGCGCGAGGAGGCCCGCAAAGCGAAAAAGAACAAGCGAAAGGCCAGUGUGGCAAAUCUUGAUGAGGGCAACCGCAAGAGUUCGCGUCAGAAGAUGACGCUUGGUGGCCGUAAGGUGGGAGAGACCUCCGAUGCUAUUGAAGCCUACAAGCGGCAACGAGAGCAGAAGGGGAAGCGUGACGAGCUCCGCCGUCGUGAACCGGUCAAGGAGAAGACCCGUUCUCGCGAUGACCGGAUCUCCGACGAAGACGCAGAAGGCGAGAGUGAAGUCGAAUGGGAUGACAGGGAGCGCUCACCGUCGCCUCCGAAAGACGACCCGCCUGCGGAACUGCGGGAUAUCCAACGUACUCGGGUGGGUCGAAGUAACUUUGCCCAGGUCUGCUUCUAUCCUGGGUUUGAUGACGCGAUCUCCGGCUGCUAUGCCCGUGUCAAUAUUGGGCCGAACCGUGAGACUGGUCAGAACGAGUAUCGUCUUUGCUUGAUUAAGAGAUUUUCCGAGGGAAAGCCUUAUGCGAUGGAGGGCCAAAAUGGCCGGUCAUUCGUGACGAAUCAGUAUGCUGUGUUGGCACAUGGAAAGGCUGAGCGCGAGUUUCCUUUUGUUGCAUGCUCCGACUCUCCGUUUACAGAGGCGGAGUUCAACCGGUAUCGUCAAACCAUGGCCGUCGAAGACUGCAAGAUGGCUACAAAGUCAAUGGUUGCCAACAAAGUCACGGAUAUCAAUCGGUUGCUGAACCACAAGUUCACCAACGAGGAAUUGAACGAGAAGCUACGCAAGCAAGGCUCAUUGGAUACGAAGUACAAGUUCUUCAAGCGCGUGGAUAUCGAGAAACAGCUGAAGCUUGCUCGAGAAGCUGGCGAUGAUGCGGAAAUGGAGCGGCUAGAGGCUGAGUUGGCCAGCAUGGCGACACCGAAGCUCGCAGUUGGCAGCCAUCCCAAGCCGCGCGUGGACAAGCCCUCGGAACAUGAACGCCUUGCUGAGCUGAACUUACGCAACCAGAAGCUCAAUAUCGAGAACGUGCGCCGGGCGCAGAUAGAAGAGCGCAAGGCCAGCCGUAAAGCGGCUGCAGCUGUUGCUCGUGGAGAAGCCGCCCACAACCCGUUCAUGCGCGUUAGAACCCAAGCGCGGACUCAUUACGACGUCAAUGGCAACGGCACCCCCACUGAGAAUAACGCGAGCCAAGAGAACACUGCCUCGGAGACACCGUCUAAAGCGAGCACACCGGCCAGCGGUACCCCGGCGGGAUCCCAGAAGAAAACCAGCAAAGGUGGCGUUGCCUCCAUCCGGCACCGGAACAUGGAUGAUGAAAACAUUGCGGCCUUGGAUUUGGAGCUCGACAUUGAAAUUUGA